AUGAGGGUGCUGGUGCGGCGCUGCUGGGGGCCCCGGCUGGUCGGUGGCGCGGUGGACCGAAGGCCGAGUCCCCAGUGGCGACCGCUGGCCGGGCUCGGCGGGUCUGCCGGCGGGAAGGACGGCCGGGACGCCCGAGUCCGCGAGAAGCCGCCCUGGCGGGUGCUCUUCUUCGGCACGGACCAGUUCGCCCGCGAGGCGCUGCGGGCGCUGCAUGUCGCCAGGUACAGGGGCUGGGGCUUGAGGGGCCCGGCCGCUGAAGGCACCGAUGCCGCGCCGGUGCCGCCGCCCGCUGGGGUUUUGGACUCCUCGUCGCGGAAAGCAGCGGCGCUGGAGCGGCGUGGGCCCACAUCUCUGCGUCUGCGGGCGCCCGGAAGUGGCAUAUUGAAUGUCCAUCCCAGUUGCCUCCCGAGGUGGCGUGGUCCAGCCCCUAUAAUCCACACAGUGCUUCACGGAGACUCGGUUACUGGAGUAACUAUUAUGCAAAUUAGACCUAAAAGGGGAAAAAUUCCAUUGCAGACGCUCUGGAUGGAGAAUACCAUUAAACUUCUGGAUUUGGUAGAAGUUAACAGCCCAGUCCUUACUGAUCCAAUGUUAACAAGACAGGCUGUUAUUCCAGGAUCAGUAAUAUACCACAAGCAGUCACAGAUCCUGCUGGUUUAUUGCAAGGAUGGCUGGAUUGGUGUUCGAUCAGUGAUGCUUAAGAAAACACUAACAGCUACUGAUUUCUACAAUGGAUAUUUGCACCCCUGGUACCAAAAAAAUUCCCAAGCUCAACCAAGCCAAUGCAGAUUUCAGACUCUAUCAAAAAAGAAGCAGAAAAAAAAAAUUGUUGCUAUGCAACAGUGCAUUAAGUAGUUAGGAAGAAGAUGGACCUAUUACAUAUUUGUAAUUUAUUAAAAGCCUUAUUUACAAGGAA